CGUCGACGAUACGCUGAACCCUGGAAUCGACUUUACUUAAGACGUCGAUUCUCCAACUGAAUAGUAAUAAUGAUAAUGAGUAAGGUCCACAGCGAUCAAAUAAAAUAGAGCAAUGCCUACCCACAGGCGUCUGAAAAUCUCUUCCUUCCAUACUGAUCACAUAAUGGCUCUGCUCCUUCUGCUCACAACAAGACAGGUAACGGCAUGUCGCGAGCUCUCACCCGGGUCAACAGGCAGGGUAGACAAGUACUUGACCCCGCAUUUCCGCGGUGUGAGUGAGGUUUGCAUGGUUACGACACCCAAUCUUAUGAAGGGGGUUGUUUGUUUCGGUAGAAUGCAUUAAAUGGGAAUAAAAAAAUGGGACUGACAGCUGAGACUGCUAUAAGUGUUGACACAGGUAGUCGGGAGCUGAGUUCGCACACAAACAUCA